UCUUAUCACUUUCAAAUGGCUAAUAUGGUCUCUUUUCCCUUAUAUAGCAAUAGACUUGUCUCAAAUUCUUCACUAUUCAUUCAAAACGCAAGAAAAUCCCAUAAUUCUUUUGUUCAUGAAACAAGUCUACGUAGAAAAAACUUUGCUGUUAAUUUUGGGUUUUCUUCAAGGCGCAGAUGCUUAUCACUGGUCCCAUUAUCCAAUGCUAAAAGGUCUGUAUCUGGGAAUGAUGAAGAGAAGCAAGCUCUUGAAACAGUUCUCAAGCUUUAUUCUGCAAUUAAGAACCAAAAUAUCCACCAAGUUUCCAAUAUAAUUGCUGACGAAUGCCGUUGUGUUUGCAAUUUCUUUUCAUUUUUCCAAUCCUUCCAUGGCAAACAGCAAGUAUUGGACUUCUUCAAAUAUGUGAUACGAAUCUUCGGAGAUAACAUUGAAUUUGUGGUGAAACCAACGGUACAUGAUGGGAUGAAUGUUGGUGUUUCAUGGAGACUACAAUGGAGCAAAACCCACAUGCCUUUAGGAAAAGGAUUCAGUUUCUACAUUUUACAAGUAUACCAAGGGAAGGUGGUAAUAAGGAAUAUGGAGAUGUUCAUGGAACCCCUCCUUCACAUCCAGCCAUUUAGAUCGAAAAUAACUGGAUAUCUGACAAGAAUAGCUGAGAAGAUGAGCUCCAUCAGACUGUCCAAAGACAAAGUGAAAACCACAAUCCUUGCUGUGCUUUUGAUGGCCAUCAUUUUGCUGUUUAUGAUGCCAGGAUUGAAUUAAGUCAUAGAAUCUAAGUUAUACUCCUUUUGGGUCCUUCCUCAGAGAGUGUUUUGCAACUGUAAUUUUUCCAGUUAAACUCGCUCCGUAGGAAGAUAGCUUAGCCUUAGUUUUCAUGAACAUUGUUCGCACAAGCAUUCAAUCAGCGAUUUUAUGUACAAUGUAUGAACUUCUUAUGUUGUACGAAUAAUUAUUAUAACUAUAACAAUCA